GUGCUGUCUGGCAGGGAGACUAGAGUAAGAGGAAUAGCAUCCUAACAACAGUUAGAUUUCCUAAGAGAAGCAAAAGUUUUUCUCCUGAUUUUGGGCAUGAGUCAGCUCACAUUUCACUUGGAUGUGUUAAUAGCCCUUUAUAUACUCUGCAGCUGGUGUCAUGGAGGAAUUACAACUAUAAACUGCUCUGGGAACAUCUGGGUAGAACCUGCCCCAGUUUUGCACAUGGGCACGGAUGUCUCUAUCUACUGCCAAGCAGCUGUUAAGAACUGUCAACCAAAGAAACUGAAUUUUUAUAAAAAUGGCAUCAAAGAAAGAUUUCAAAUCACAUUGAUUAAUAGAACAACAGCUCAACUUUUGUAUAAGAACUUUCUGGAGCCACAUGCCUCAGUGUAUUGCACCGCUCAGUGUCCCGGGCACUUUCAGGAGACUCUCAUAUGUGGAAAAGACAUUUCUUCUGGAUAUCCACCAGAUGCUCCUGAUAAGGUGACAUGUAUCAUUUAUGAAUACUCAGGCCACAUGACUUGCACCUGGAACACUGGGAGACUCACCUACCUAGACACCAAGUACGUGGUGCAUGUGAAGAGUUUAGAGACAGAAGAAGAGCAGCAAUAUCUUACCUCAAGCUAUGUCAACAUCUCUACCGAUUCACUGCAAGGCGGUAGGAAGUAUCUGGUCUGGGUCCAAGCUGUUAAUGCACUAGGCAUGAAGGAGUCAACAAAGUUACAAGUCCAUCUGGAUGAUAUAGUGAUACCUUCUGCAUCCAUCAUUUCCAGUGCUAAGACUGUAAAUGCUACUGUGGCUAAGACCAUAAUUCAUUGGAAUAGCAAAAGCACGAUCGAAAAGGUCUCCUGUGAAAUGAGAUACAAAGCAACAGCAAGCCGAACUUGGAAUGUUGAAGAAUUUGAUACCAAUCUCACUCAUGUGCAACAGUCAGAAUUCUACUUGGAGCCAAACAUCAAGUACGAAUUUCAAGUGAGAUGUCAAGAAACAGGUAAAAGGUACUGGCAGCCCUGGAGUUCACCCUUUGUCCACAAAACACCUGAAGCGGUUCCCCAGGUCACACCAAAAUCAUCCCCUGAUGCUCAGAACUCUGGGAUGCGGACUACUACCAUCUUUAAAAGACACCUUGCUUCUGGUAACAGUCAAGACAUCGGAUUUUUGUCAGGAAUGGUUUUCCUCGCCAUCAUAUUGCCUAUUUUUUCUCUGAUUGGGAUAUUCAACAGAUCGCUUCGAAUAGGGAUUAUAAGAAAAAUCUUAUUGCUAAUACCAAAGUGGCUUCAUGAAGAUAUUCCUAAUAUGGAAAACAGUAACGUUGUGAAAAUGCUACAGGAAAAAAAUGUAUUCGUGAACAAUAUUGUCACUGAGGGUGCCCUUUAUGUUGAUCCCGUGAUUACAGAGAUCAGCGAAAUCUUUCUGCCAGCACACAAGCCCGCAGAUUAUAAGGAAGAAAAGUCCGUGGGACCCCUGGAGACAAGAGACUGUCUGCAAGUAUCAUUGUCCACCAGUUCUGUUGUGUAUAUUCCUGAUCUCAACACAGGAUACAAACCCCAGAUUUCUAGUUUUCACCCUGGGGAAAACCACCUCAACCCCAGUGAUGAAACAGAUUCUUCAACACUUGAACUACCAGGUGACCUCUGUGGUGUGGGAAAUAAUGUCAAGUUAAAAAUAUGCCCCCAUUUUGCAUUUUCUGUCUCAAGUAUGAAUUCAUUAAGCAACACCCUAGCUCUUGAAGAAUUAAGUCUCCUUUUAGAUAAAGGCGAAUGCAAUCCUUCUGACAUACAAAACUCAGAAAAAGAAACUACUGUGUUUCUGGAAAAUGACUCAUCCAGGGACACUCUUCCAGAACAGACACUGCUGCCUGAUGAAUUUGUCUCCUGUUUGGCGAUUGGGAGUGAGGAGCUGCCAUCUAUUAAUUCUUAUUUUCCACAAAAAGUUUUGGAAAGCCACUUCAGUGGAAUUUCACUCUUGCAAAAGUAGAGCUGUAUAGUCAAAAUCAACAUGAGAAGCUGCCUGUCCACUGAAAACUCAACCUUCCCCUCAAAAGAAGUGGCGUUAUACCUCCAAGGUCCCAAGCUGGGGCAUGCUGCCCCAGCAAGAAAAGCAGCAAUGUUAAAUGCCAGUGA